AUGAGAAAAGGGUCCAACACUGUCAGGAUAAUUGGCCUAGUGUGGCUACUGCCUUCUCUAACUCUUAACAGUGUGUUGUCUGUGCGUGGUGACAAGGUGGCGGCAACUACUAUCGAGGGCUCCGGUUCAGCAGCCGGAUACCAAAUAGAGACAAACAACAGGGCCGCCCUCCUCAAUAGUGCUACUCACAAGCUGUGGGACUACACCGUCCCGCCCAUCGACUCCGGGGCAGCUAGCGGGUACCACUUGCUCGUGGUCGAAGGCUUCUCGCGUACCAGAGACAUCUUGCCGGCCGGCGAGUACAUCCGAUGUCGCACUUUCUUGGUCGGAGGUCACCGCUGGCAUCUCACGUACUACACUAAUGGCUAUGACUCCGAGGACGCUGGGUUUGUAUCGCUUGUUCUUGUCCUUGAGGAGGACGACGAUUGUGAUGAGGAUGAAAACGAUGAUGAUUGGGAGGCAAACGAGGAUGAUCAGACUGACAACGAUGACGAUGAUGAAGACGAUGAUUAUGAGGAUGAAGACAAGGAUGGAUACCAUCAAGAUGAGCACGCCGAUAAUGAUGAUGCUCACGAUGAUGAUAUGGCUGAGGACGAUGAUGAGGAUGAAGACCAUGAGGAUGAGCACAUCAAUAAUGAUGACGCUCUCCAUGAUGAUAUGGCUGAGGACGAUGACCACGACUAUCAUGAGCUAUUUCCGUCCGUGAAGGCUCAGGUUUUCUUAUGUUUCAUCGACCAGUUUCAGUGGCUCCACUCAGGACGCAUGCGUGAAACCAAAUUCGGUCUCAUAACUGAGCUGACUUGUAAAGGGUUCAGAAAAAGGGAGAUCUUGGAAAGGUCGGCGCAUCUCAAGGACGACAGCUUCACCAUCCGUUGCGACAUCGUUGUACUUGACGCCAAGGCGGAUAUCAAAUCCAAGCAGGGCGCUAGCACCAUGGCUCCUCCGUUCAUCCAAGUCCCUCCUUCUGACAUGCCAAUCCAUUUCAAAAAUCUCCUCCUGUCCGAGGAGGGUGCUGACGUGACGUUUGUGGUUGGCAGUGAAACGUUUGCUGCACACGAUUGCGUACUUGCAGCGCGAUCUACGGCCUUCAAGUCACAGCUGUUCGGUGACAAACUUGGCACUGCUAUCGUGAAGAUCGAUGAUAUUGAAGCAGAAGUGUUUGAGGGCAUGCUUACUUUCAUCUACACUUGA